AUGCAUGAUACAAUUUCAUCCAUCACCAACCACACAACCGCCAUGAACAGCAACAUGAAAAAGGCGCCUCCUACGGCGAGCAAAACGCAUCUCAGUAGUAAACUGAACAACAUGAAGUUUAUGCAAAGAUCUUCUGAUCAGGAAAUGAAGAAGGAGGAGGAAAAGGCACAAAAAAAGAUUGACGACGCAUCGAAAUGGACCGUCAAGGGUGUCAAGGCGCCGCGAAUCCGAAAAAAGUCGCGCAAAAUCGUCUCCGUGGGCUACUCGGACAUUGCGCUUGCUGAAGAUACCAAGGGACGGCUGUCAUGGGGAGGAUUCAACGAUCUGGAAGACACCAAGAAGCCCAAGGAAGACACUCGGUCGGCUGCCGAGAUUGAGAAGGAAGAGCACGAGUUAUUACGAGCGGCCGCCAAGAACCAGGGUGUUUCUGGGUCUGGAGGAAACAAGGCCAAAAAGCGGCCCUCUGAGGGUGGAGAUAACGGGGGAAAGAAGAAGAUGAAGUAUUAG